GUUUCCACUGCAGUUUAGUACCGCUUUAGAGUGGGCGGGAUUAUUCACAUGUCGUUAUAGUUGCGCUGCCUCUACUGCCGUGACAUCAUCGUAAACGCGCCACAAACAAACACACAACAAUGGAGCAUAUCGAUGGAAUGGUGUUCUUCAUUCUCGGCAUGUGGAUGUUUUUAACUGCAAGACGAAGGAGUUUGUUUCAAAAGAGGCUGAUGGCAGCCAAACGAAACACAGCUAAAAAAUACAAGAGAGUUCGGGAACUCUUACAACAACACGCAGACGACGACAACACUUGGUUUGCUCGACGGCGCGCAAGGAGCUUCCACAUUUCGCAAAAAAGUCGCCGCAACAGACCAUCUGUUUGGACAUUUAACCGAGCUUCAGAGUGGUGGGAUGUGAUUGUUCCCGGUUUUACAGACACUCAGUGGCUGGAGAACUUUAGAAUGUCCGAAGAAACAUUUAUCCACUUAUGCAACAAACUGCGUCCAGCGAUGGAGAGACAGGACACAAACUUCCGCGUGUGUGUACCUCUAAAGAAAAGAGUAGCCAUCGCACUGUGGAAGCUUGCAACCGGCGCUGAGUACAGAAGUGUUGGACAUCUUUUUGGUGUAAGCAUAACAACUGUGUGUCGGUGUGUUCAGGAGUUCUGUGCAGCAGCAGAAACCCUGUUGGUACCAGAGCAAAUUCGUUAUCCAGAUCAGGAAAAGUUUAAAGAAAUGGCUGCCUACAUUGAGAACAGGUGGGGACUCCCACACUGUAUUGGUGCUAUUGAUGGAUCACACAUCCCCAUCAUAGCACCAGAGGAAUAUCACUGUGACUAUUGGAAUCGUCGGUCAAUAAAGUCAGCACCUGGCAACCGCAGAGCUCCAGCAGAACUGAUUCAUCCGAAGAGAAUCCAGGUGUUAAUUAACGGCGGCCGGGCAGAAGGAGCCGGAUAG